CAUUAUCAACAGUCUCUCACUCAAAAACCAUCAUCAAUAUCUCUUCUCUUCAUUCCUCUUCUCCCUCUCCCUUCAAUUUUUUCUCUUUUUUUCCCCUCAAUUUUUUCUCUUCUUCAAUUUUAGCCCUACAUACAACAUAAACAACAACAAUUUUAGCCCUCACUCACAAACCCAUUUCUCUCAAGUUUUAGCAACACUUUUGAUGAAGUCGUCACAAAAAGCAACUGUUUUGGCUUAAUUAUUAGUAUUAUUGUUGUUAAUUUUUUACAAGGAUGGAGAUAAUAACACCAGUACCAGCAACAGCAACAACAACAGCCAAAAACGCAACCGCGAAAUCGCCAGAACCCGACGUAGAGACGCCGACCCGGAUCCACCAAAACCCGAACCUGAAUCCAAAGCCGGUGUCUUUCUCCAACGGCGUCUUGAAGCGCCACCAUGCAAACCACCGCCCCAACGCGGUGGUUUACAAGGAAUGCUUGAAGAACCACGUGGCGAGCUUGGGUGGCCACGCUUUGGACGGCUGCGGCGAGUUCAUGCCGUCGCCGGCGGCCACCGCCGACGACCCCAGCUCCAUCAAAUGCGCCGCCUGCGGCUGCCACCGGAACUUCCACCGCCGCGAACCGGAGGAGACACCCAUUUCUCCGGCGACGCACCAUGUUCUAGAGUACCAGCCCCACCACCGCCAUCACCCUCCUCCGCCGGCCCCGUCGCACCGGAGUCCGAACUCCGCCUCCCCGCCGCCGAUCUCCUCCUACCCCUCCGCCCCCCACAUGCUCCUCGCCCUCUCCGGCGGCGGUGGCUUCUCCGUCGCGCGGGAAAACACCGGCGCGCCGGCGCCGGCGCACAACCACUCGCGUAAACGCUUCCGAACGAAGUUCACCCAAGAACAAAAGGAGAAGAUGCAUGAGUUCGCCGACAAAGUUGGGUGGAAGAUGCAGAAGCGCGACGAUGAAAUGGUUAUGGAGUUCUGCAACGAGAUUGGCGUCGAAAGAGGGGUUCUCAAAGUGUGGAUGCACAACAACAAGAACACUCUCGCGAAAAAAGACAACCUUAACAACGGUAACGGUAGCACUCUGAGUGUCAGCGCCAACGGGAUUUCUCUGGAUGGCGCUGUUGGGAGUGCCACCGUUAGAACCGGUGUUCAUGUCCCCGAACAUGGACAUGAACACAGCGGAAUUAAUGGUAACGGUAGCGGCGACAACAACCACAACCACAAUCUCGCUUCCCAUGAUGUGAACGAGUACGAGAAUGAUAGUGGGACUAACGGGGGUGGUACUAAUGGGUCUUCUUCUUCUUCUUGAAAAGAAAAAAAAAAUGAGAGAAUAAUGAUAUGUUUAGAUGAUAGAGUAAUUAAGAGGUGGUACCGGUUAAUUACUUAAUUAGUCGUUUUUCUUCCUUCUUUCUUUUUAUUUUGAUUUAAUUGUUUAGUUUUUGUUAAUUAAUGAGAUGCUGAUGCUGAUGAAGAAGAUAAUCACCUUCUUAACAUGGGAGAGAGAUUUGAUUUUGAUGAUAUUGAUAUCCGCAGGGAAUUUAGUUUUCUUGUUUGAUUCUGCUGCUUAAUUAUAGUUAAAUAUAGUGUUAAUUAAUAAUUAGUGCUUUCAUUUCCCCAAUCUCACUUCUUGAAUCUUGAGUGU